AUGGCAGACUCGAACAAAGCACGGGAAAACUCCUUCGUACGCACCAUGCGUAAAGCCUACCAUCCCAUCGGGUUCAAGAAAGGCUACAACUUCGUCCUCUGGUUCAUCUUCGCAGGUGCCCUCAUGGGCUUCACUCUGGCGAGACUCCAAUAUCUCGAUUUCCACGGCGUCUUCUUCAGCGCUGGUGACUCUGGAGGUAACCACGCAGCUCCUGGAGAGUGCUUGUACUACCUUCGUGGGCAUGAGAAAAUCGGCAUUAUCCUGCACCUCGCGACAAUACUCCCUGCAUCCUUCCUCGUCGUCUUCCAGUUCAUCCCCGCUAUUCGCUACAAGGCUAUGCUUUCCCACAGGCUCAAUGGAUAUCUUGUCAUCAUACUAUCACUCCUAGGGACUGCGGGAGUGUUGAUGAUUGCCGGGCAUGCUUUCGGCGGCACCCUGGCGACCCAAUAUGCCACCGGUUUUAUCUCCAUUGCAUUUGUCGGCGCUCUGAUCAUGGCAUAUAUCAACAUCAAGAGACUUCAGAUCGAGCAGCACAGGGCCUGGAUGCUCAGAGCCUGGUUCUACGCUGGUUGUGUCAUUACUAUUCGGAUAAUCCAGAUAAGUGCCGCCCAGAUUAUUUCGCAAAUCGGAGGCUACUAUGAUGCACGCCCGUGCGAGCAAAUCGAGUACAUCCUCGGCUCUCAAGAGGAAUCAGUCAACGCUUAUCCGGACUGCACCCCUUAUUUCAACGGAUCAGAUCCCUCAAAGCAGGUUGCUGUUGAAGCCAAUUUCAAUGGCGACCCAGUCCAGCUUACUGUAGCUCUGGGGUCUAAUUUUGGGAGCGCUAUGUGGCUGGCCUUCGCAAUCCAUGCCAUUGGUGUUGAGAUAUAUCUCAAGCUCACGCCUGCUGAGUCGGAGCGGCUUCGAAAUGUCUCGUACCAAAGACAGCUUGAGGCUGGAAUUAAGAACCCAGGAAGAGCCGGUUUGACGUGCUGA